AUGGACUCUUCUUGUAGCUGCCGCCCAAGAAGCGUCCUUCUUGUCGUUGGUAUAUUAUUCGUCCUGAGAUGUCCACUGUCCCACGCUUGGGUAUCCAACUCAGUUUUUAGAACAAGUUGCGCACGACAAUUCCCUCGAAACUAUGCAGCUACCAUUGAGGCAGAUGUUCCAGUCCAAGAUAGUAUUAUUCCAGCAGUAGCAGAAGAAUCGUCACCUCCACCAGUUUCAGAGGAUUCCACCACCACAACAUCAGCAGAGAAUUCCACUCUAUUGGAACUGGAGAAAGACAGCAAUGCCACUACUGAGGAGGGCGACCAUGACGACUCUGCCUUUGAAGUGUUAGCGGGCAACACUGCCUUGUGCCUUCACAAGAGUGACUUGAAACGAGAUGAUGGCUUUGAUGGGGCGUCGACGGGAUGGACUAGUUGGGUGGAUGAUGCAUCCGCUCUGCGGCUUCGAAGUUGUCUGGAUGGUCUGGAAUUGCCACCCUUUGCUCGAUCUAUUGCUCAGCCUUCAUCACUCGUGACUGCUAGUAAUGGCGACGAUGAUGAAAUUCGGAGAGACCAAGUGAUUCGAUGGCUUCGUUGGAUCAAGGCGUGUCCUUCGCCACUCAUCAUCGAAUUGUCGCCGGCACUACGCCAGGCGGUCAAUGCCACCAUCCCCAACGAAGCCUGGCUUCAAGCCAUUGAUUCCACUAGAGACGAGUUUCUCGAACGCAUUGGAUGUCGAUUGAUCGUAUUGCCCUCCGGGGCAUCGCUGAACCAGCCGUUAAAGGCUCCACCGGGAGCCAUGGUCUAUGGAAAGUUGCUCUUGGGAGGCGUCACCCGGUUUCGUGUCAUUGGAGGGAAUUCGCAACGAAGCAUUGCCAGAAAGGCUGGAGCCAGAACACUAGUCACAUCGCCACAAACAUUGCGAACGCCAUCAUGGCUACAAUACGGUGGUCCCCAGCGAAACUAUGAGGCCAUUGAUGCCGGUGUCGCUGUCUUUAUGGAGGUCUUAAUCUUACCCAAAGGCCUCAGUCUGCCAUUGUUGGAUGAUAAUGAUGAGGAAGGAUCGAAAAGUGCCACCACCAUUUCCCAAAUGAAAUGGAACCCCAACCAUAUGCUGGAUUUGGUCAGUGAACAAGAAGCCGAACAAGCUGCUGCUGCGUUGGCGGCAAAUGCUUCUGAACCAAACCCUGGCAAUGCACAAAUAUUGUCAAGCAGCGGCAAUGAAUACAUCAAUCAUAUGGAAUCGUCCAUAUCAGCCUCCGUGGGAGGACUGCGGCCUCAGAUUGACAGUAUCAUUCGAAGAGUCCUGGAUGGGCGAGCCUUGGUGGCAGCGGCAGACGCAGACGCAACAACAGCCAGUGGUGCCACAACAAUCAAUCCUCCACAAUCUGCAGGUGCCGACUCUGUGCGGCGACGAGAGAUGGAGGCGCUAUUGGGCUUGGGGCUAUCUCCUGUUCGUGGUUUGUUGCUCUACGGGCCGCCAGGAACCGGGAAAACUCUAGUGGCCCGCGAAAUAGCCAACGUACUGCAGGCAAGACCGCCCAAGAUUGUGGCAGCCCCGGAACUUCUAUCCCGCUGGGUGGGUGGAAGUGAAAAGAUGGUGCGAGAACUCUUUGAGGAUGCCGAAGGCGAGCUUGCCGCGUGCAAUGGGGAUGCCACAAAGAGUGCAUUGCAUGUAAUUGUCAUUGAUGAGAUUGACGCCGUGUUUCGCAAACGAAGCUCCUCUUCACAGGACAGUGGUGGAGAAAUCACCCGAGCAUCGGCGGUCAAUCAAAUACUGUCCAAGCUAGAUGGGGUCAAACAGCUUGGCAAUAUUCUCAUCAUUGGCAUGACCAACCGAAAAGAGCUACUGGACCCAGCACUGCUUCGACCUGGAAGGUUAGAGGUUCAAAUUAAAAUCCCACUUCCCAAUAAAGAAGGGCGACGUGAGAUCCUCAAAAUACACUUUGAAGCACUGCGUCGUCGAGGACUCCUCAGUCAAUCGCUGUGCAAUGCCAUCGAUGGCUAUCAUGAUACAACUCCCUCGCAGAAGAAAUACAGUGGCAACGUCGAUGACCAAGCAUGGAGAAAAAGGCUUCAGUCAUUCCGAAAACGACUUUCAGUGGUCAGUUCAAGGGGUGCCGAGCAGAUGUCAUCCGCUUUGUGGCAGCAUCGCAUUCUUGACUUGGCAUCUGAUCGAUGGACUGGAGGUUAUUCCGGAGCAGAUAUUGCAGGCCUAGUUCGAUCCUCUGGUUCUUUUGCCUUGGCUCGCGCACGAAGUCAGGAUGGAGGUGGUUUGGAUAAUCUCAUCAUUACUCUUGGCGAUGUGGCCGGGGCCUUGGAAGAAGUCAAGCAAUGA